AUGGAAGAUCAAAACAAUUUGUCAUUUGUGGACCCUACUUCGGAAUUCGCUUCAAAUUAUCCGAAUGGGCUUAGUUUGGACGAUCUAAUUCCAUUUUACGAGGAUAUUGAAAAUGACAAACCCCUCCAGUUGGAAUGGAAAUUUCCUGGAAGGAUUAAGCGACCUUCCCCACUUGGUACUGUCCUCUUAUUUAUUUUUUUUUAUUUUAUCUAA